ACCUUUAUCUAUUUAUUGCUUGGUUUAUUGAUACGGAACUUAAUAAUUUUGGUUUAUAUUUAUGGAAUCUGCAUAAUGAAAAAAUUGAGUUUUUAGAGGUCGUUGGACCAUAUAACGUAACUAAAAAGUUUCUUGGUCAACAUAACGCUAGUCUAUCUCCUGAUACUAAAGUAGAUGAUAUAACGAUAAAUACUAUAAAAACUCCAGUCUUAGGUGGAGAUGAAAACAAUGUUCAGUGUUUUUUAGAGAAAAAUCAAAAGAUUUAA